AUGGAACGCAUCGCAUCAGACCCAGCGUUGGAGGCACAACCGAAUUUUGAAUCCGCUGCGUAUCGAGGAUGGUUGACCGCUUUGACGAAUGGGGGUUUAGGCAGGGAAGAAGCCCUUGCCCAGAUGGUGGAAGACUGGGGACUUGAACACCAGAAGCGCAUCAACUUAUGGCGGCAGCAGGUAGAAGAAGAAGCCCGUGAGCUACGGGAGCAGGCAGAACACGAGAAGGCCGAGAAGGAUGCUGAGGAACAGGAGGAGCGUCGCGAAGCCGAAAAGAAAAAACCGAAGAUCAACGACUUCGACGCCGAGAUCACGGUGGCAGACAUCAUUAUCCCUAGACCGUCCCAGUAUGCCAUUCAGAAGGUGAAGAGCAUGGAGUAUGUUGAACUGUGGUAUUUCAGCCCCGACGGUUGUCGCGAGGCUGCCAUGACAUCCAGAUCCACCUCAGAUUCGGACGAUGCCUUCGGCUUUGCGAGAGUCGAUGGCAUGGUAGCCCUCAAGACAAUUGCGUCCUUCAAGGCUUCCCAGAAAGCGGUGCAGGACCACGACCUGUCAUGGCGUCAAUUUGACUUGGCGAAGACUAGCUUUCUUAUUCAUAUAGAGAAGAAUGGAUGGCCUGAAAAGCACCAGCAAGCACUGGCCCUAUUCUUCACGCUCAUCACUAACCACGAACAUCGAAUGCGUCCACGGGGAGAGAAGACCCUCCUUCGUUAUGCAGGUUUUGUACGGCGCGAGUGGCAUGAUCGGCUCUCUCAGAACCAAGGCUUUAACAUCGGCAUAUUCAAUAGUGCUCUGUACAGCUCCAUAUCGGACGACGUCUGGGAGGCGGAGCGAGACGAAGGUCUGAAACUGCUCCAAAGCGCGCUUCCAACUUCUGCUCUCCCCGUCCGUCAUCGGGGGCGAGAGGCUAGCGAGAAUCGGGGCAAACGGGUGGAGCCAACUUCUUCUCCAGGGAGCAAUCGAUAUCACCCAUAUCGCGCUGUCGAGCAGGCCACCAAGAAACCACACAAAGGCCAACAGUCUUUUCAACCGGGCGCAGGCCAAUCCGGGCCAUCAGCCUGCGCCCUCUGCCUCGGCCGAUUUCGUCAUCCCAUCCACAAAUGUGCCUCCGAGUUCCUUUGGGACAAACGAACCAAAACCCGCUGUCGGCGUGGUGCAGAGGGCCACUUGGUCAACCCCGAGGGCCUCGAGCUCUGUUACGACUGGCAAAGACCAAAGGGCUGCUCCAGCACCGCUCGUUCCCAUGUUCACAAGUGUUCAGGAUGCGGAGCGAAGGAUCACGGAGCUCAAGAGUGUCCUCAAAGCGAGAGCAUCUAA